GCACCGUGAGCGCGCGCUGCUGCUGGAGUCUGUUUGGCACGAGCGCGGAUCUAAUUGAGAGUCAUCAUGAAUUACCUGCGCAGGCGUCUGUCGGACAGCAGUUUUGUGGCCAAUCUGCCCAAUGGCUACAUGAUGGACCUGCAGAGAUCCUCCAGCUCCAGCAGCUCUCCGGCGUCUCCGGCCACAGAGCGCCGUCCUGCUCCUGCACCAGCCCCUGCUCCUGCACCAGCCCCUGCACCCACCCUGACCCCCACACCAGCCCCUGCACCGGCCCCCGCACCACCCCCGGGCCCCGCAGGCUUCCUCAGCUCAUUCUCCAGUGUGGUGAAGACGGCUCAGAUCGCCAGCGCCGUCCAGGCCAAAGCCUCUGCGCACACAGACGCCGCUGCGCCCAAACCUGCCGCCCGCAAACCCAGAGUCCUGCUGGUCAUCGACGAGCCGCACACAGACUGGGCGAAGCACUUCAGAGGGAGGAAGCUGAAUGGAGAAUAUGAGAUCCGGGUGGAGCAGGCAGAGUUCUCGGAGAUCAAUCUGGUGUCGUGUGUGAACUCCGGCUGUACAGUGGACAUUCAGGUCACUCGAGGAGGAACUAAAGUGGUCAGGUCUGUGAAGCCAGAUUUUGUGCUGGUCCGCCAGCAUGCGUACAGUAUGACCCCCGGUGAGGACUUCCGGAAUCUGGUGAUCGGCCUCCAUUACGGCUCCAUCCCCAGCGUCAACACACUCUUCUCCAUAUACAACUUCUGCAGCAAACCCUGGGUGUUUUCUCACAUGAUCAAGCUCUAUCAGACUCUCGGCCCGGAGAAGUUUCCACUCAACGAGCAAACCUUCUUCCCAAACCACACACAGAUGUUGCCCACUGCUUCAUUCCCGGUGGUGGUGAAGAUGGGACACGCCCACGCCGGCAUGGGGAAGAUUAAGGUGGAGACGGUCAGUGAUUUCCAGGACAUCACCAGUGUCGUGGCCAUCGCUAAAACCUACGCCACCGCCGAGCCCUUCGUCCAGUCCAAAUACGACAUCCGCAUCCAGAAGAUCGGAAACAACUACAAAGCCUACAUGAGGACGUCCAUCUCAGGGAAUUGGAAAGCUAACACAGGUUCAGCCAUGCUAGAGCAGAUCGCCAUGACUGACAGGUACCGUGUUUGGGUGGACUCGUGUGCAGAGAUGUUCGGUGGUCUGGACAUCUGCGCUGUUAAAGCUGUCCAUGGAAAAGACGGGAACGAUUACAUCAUAGAGGUGAUGGACAGCUCCAUGCCUCUGAUUGGUGAGCAUGUAGAGGAGGACCGGCAGCUGAUCUGUGAUCUGGUCAUCAGUAAGAUGAGUUUGGCUCUGCUGGGAGUGAACACACCCCUGACCGCUAAUAAGACUCAACCCGGACCACAGACGAGCCAGCCGAAGCGCUCCACAGGUGGUCCUCGUUCUCAGUCGGGUCAGGCGUCUCCUCAGCGUGCGCGCUCCGCCUCCACCUCCCCCAGUCAGGCCUUCCAGCCCGGCCCGAUGCCCUCCGGUGGCACACACACACAGAAGCAGCCCGCGCAGCUCAAUAAAUCUCAGUCUCUCACAAACACCUUCACCGAGACGCUUCGAGGAAACGUGACGGACGACGAGGCCAAAGCAGAAACCAUCCGCAGCCUGCGCCAGUCCUUCGCCAGCCUGUUCUCUGACUAACACACACACACACACUUACAGACACACACACUCUCAUAUAUACACUCACACAUACACUCUCAUACACGCAAACACACAGUCAAAUAUACACUCACACACAUGCACACAAUCUCUUAAAUAUACACACACACACACACACAGACACAAACUCACUCAUAUAUAAACUCACACACACUCAUAUACUACACUUACACACAGAUUCUUGUAUACACACACACACACACACACACACACUAUUUAAUACACUCAAACAUAUAAACAUACUCUUAUUUACAUGCUCACACACACACACACACACACACACACACACGCACACACACUCUUAUACACACACACACACACACACUGUCUUAUAUACACUCCUAAAUAGACAGACACAAUAAUUAACACACACACACACACACAGUUGUGACCGCUGCCUUGUUGUGAGUGCUUCAUCUCUGGUUGUGUUUUAAAUGGUGAGAAUGGUGAGGCUCUUAAUCUAAAUGACUUUAGACCGGUUUUAAAGUAAGAGAACUGCUUCAUUUGGCUUUAACAGCCAUUUUGAAGUGAUGGAAUUGUCUCUGAUUUAUUGUUUUCUGAUUAAAUCAAGCUCUUAGAUGUAGAAUUAAGCAGAAAAUAGCUGUGAAAGUGCCAUUUAACACUUUAAAAACCUUCUUCUAUUAUCACAAACUAAUGGAAGAGCCGUAUUUAUUAUUUACUGGAUCCUGAAAACACUUAUUUUAUUUUAUUAUAUUUGAAUAUUUUAAUUUAUUUAAUUGUUUACGGUUUUGUAUUCAUUUUUAACCGUUUUAAUUCUGCACACACCUGAAAACAGGUGAAAUCAGAGAUGUCCUUCAUUAAUGAUCUGUAAUGAACAGAGCCGCUCGUUUGAUUUGCGUUCUGUGAUUCAUGUGAAUCGACUCGGGGUGAAUCGGUUCGACGACUCGCUCUUCUCUUCCAGCUGGAGUGUCUGUGUAAAGCCAUCAUGAGAUCUGAUGCAAACGUGUAUCGAGCAGCAAUAUUCCCCGCAGGAAUAGAGCUCCGUCUUCCACCGAUCAAUCUUCCCUUUAUAUCAGAAAUAUCCGCCAUCUACUUGAGCUUCACUCGGUUCCUUUUCGAGACUCACUAGAGUGUUCGAAUCUUUCCCGUGAAGCGCACACUUCAUUUAAAGCAAAGCAAUGAAUGAGAGGAUACUCAAUUACUCAUGUGCUGAAAUACUAACAAUACACACUAGCGUUAGAAAUCAAGAGCCGAACACUUGCGUUCAGUUUAUUAAUAAGAUAACGAGAUUCUGUUGAUGAUCAAUAUUGUACAGUGAGUGUUGUUCGGUGUUUAAUUUACGUUCGGCUUGUUAUUAUGGACCAAACUGUCGAAGUGUUUGCUUUGUUUUUCUGAGAGCGAAUCAGCGCAGCGAAGCCAUAAAAUAAAACACGAGUGAUUCGGUCACGUGUUUGACUGCUGCGCUCGUGCUCGCCAUCGUGUGGACUGAUGAUGAUGUGCCUCAACUGUUUAUCGUACGGACGUUACCGUUUCCGCCAGCUAAGAAAAGAGUCGAAAAUAGUCGAAAUUAUGACUUCAAAGUUUGACAACCAGAUUAAGUAAAAUUUUUGACUACGAAGUCAAAAUUACGAGAUUAAAAAGUCGAAAUUAUUAAGUCGAAAUUAUGACUUGCCUCAAAAAUUUGACAUGCUAAAUCAAAAUGACUUUCUCAGUUGAAAUUGUGAUACAAUUGUUUAAAUUAUGACUAUUAAAGAUGAAAUUGACAAAUCAAAAUUACGUUAAAAAGUCGAAACUCAAAGUUAUGAUUCACUAAACUAAAAUUAAGAGAUUAAAUAAUAUAAAUUAUGACUAGAGUCGAUAUUGCGUCAAAAUUAUGACUAUAUUAUAACUUCAUAAAUCAAAAUGAUGAUUAUGAUGAUGAGUCGAAAUUAAACUUUGCGGUCACAUUAUUUCGCCAGUAGGUGGCGACAAACAACCAUAGAAAUAUGUCACUUAAUUAAUUCUUUAAAAAAUGAUUAAUUUAACUAAAUAUGACGUCUAUAUAAGAGACCUGUUCAAUCAUUAAAUAUAUUUAAAAUAUAUUAAAGCUAUAUAAAAUACAAGUAUAUACAACCAUUGGAAUUAUGUACAUAUAUGUUCAAAUAUACUACGAUGAUAUAUCUGUUUAUUAUAUAUAACAUGUAACUAUAUAUGUUUUAUUCAUUCAUUCAUUCAUGUUCAUCCGCUUUUCCGGGGUCGGGUUGUAGGGGCAGCAGUCUCAGGAGAGAACCCCAGACUUCCCUCUCCCUAGACAUUUCCUCCAGCUCCCUUGGAGGGAUCCCAAGGCAUUCCUAGGCCAGCCGAGAGACAUAGUCCCUCCAGCAUGUCCUGGGUCUUCCCUGAGGCCUCCUCCCGGCCAGUUUUUGUGUCUGACGAUUGGGUUGUCGUGGUCCUAACCUUCGACCACCACCCGUUCCACAAUCCACCGGCCUCUUACGGCUCCCCCUGCAGGUGGUGAGCCUGCGGGAGGAUGGUCCCACGUUGCUCCUUCGGGCUAAGCCCAGCCGGGUUCUGUGGGAAAAAACUCGGCCACCAGGUGCUCACAAACGAGCCCCAACCCCACGCCUGGCUCCAGGGUGGGGCCUCGGCUGGGCCGUACCGGGCGACGGUCACGCUCCUCAGUGUUUUUGUACUCAUAAGAGGAUUUUGAACCACACUCAGUCUGACCUGUCACCUAUGACCUUUUGCCUUGGGAGACCCUACAUGACAUGGCUCUUAGGAUCACCCAGGCAUUCAAACCCCUCCACCACGAUAAGGCGGCGGGUCAUAGAGGAGUGUAUGUUUUAUAUUAUAUAAAAUAAAUGAAUAUUUUAAUUAUCAUUUCAGUUCAUGAUUCAUUAACUAGCUUAAAUUAACCAUGUUUUGUUAGAUUAGUCGUUUUUGAUGGUUGUUUGUCUCCACCUAUUGGCAAAACAAUGUCAUUUCUACAUUUUGAACUGUCAUCAUUUUGAUCUUAGGUUACACGGUGGGUAGCGCUCUCGCCUCACAGCAACAAGGUCACUGGUUCGAGUCCCGGCUGGGUCAGUUGGUGUUUCUGUGUGGAGUUUGCAUGUUCUCCUCAUGUUGGCAUGGGUUUCCUCCAGGUGCUCCAGUUUCCCCCACAGUCCAAACGCAUGCGAUACAGGGGAAUUGGGUAAGCAAAAUUGUCCAUAGUGUGUGUGUGUAAAUGAGUGUGUAUGGAUGUUUCCCAGAGAUGGGUUGCAGCUGGAAGGGCAUCCGCUGCAUAAAACGUGUUCUGGAUAAUUGGUGGUUCAUUCUGCUGUGGCGACCCCUGAUUAAUAAAGGGACUGAGCUGAAAAGAAAAUGAAUAAAUGAAUCAUUUAGAUUUUCUAUCUUGUAAUUUGAUUUUGCCAAGUCAUAAUAUGAUUAUGACACAUUUCAAUCUCUGAAGUCCUCAUUUCGACUUUACAUGUCAUAAUUCCGUUUUUGCUAAGUCAUAAUAUCGACUUUAAAGUAUAUAUGUUUUUUCUUACCUGUCGGAAACAGGCUUCCACGUCAUCGAGACUCUGUGAUGCUGAAUCUUUUAUAUGAUUCUUUUGAUUCAUGAAUCAUCUGCGUAGAUCUGUGGCUCAGUGUUUUUGUCGUCAGCAUCAUUUGCAUGAAUCGUGAGUUUUCAUUCGGUCUGGCAUCAAUAAUCAGAUGUUUCUGUAUGAAUGAUCGCAGGUGAAUCUGUUAAACACACACACACACAUCCAAUAGCAGAGGACGUGACUGUGCAGGAAAAGCUCAUUUAUAGUUUCCUACAGUCAAUCAAAACCAGCUAGUAUGAUCACAGUCACGUCCUGAUUGAUGUCAUGGGUGUAAAAUGAACAUAUGAGGAGAUUUACCGCGGUAAAUGUGGCAUGAAGCGUCUGUAGUGUUUGUGUAAAUCAUUGUCUUCAACAUGGAAGGUGAUUAGGGACAAAAAUAUGAACAAAACGUGAAAUAUGAACAAAUCAACCAAUUAAAUUGCUCUAUUUGAGACCAUAUUUGCAUAUGAUUAUUGUAUUGUACAUUGGGAUACAUGUUCAAUCAUCAGAUGUCAUGUUUAUUCAUGAAGGAUAUUGUAAUCAGACAGCGUGUAUCAUAUGAACGUGUAUAUAUAUAUAUAAUUGCAUAAAAUGAAUGACCACCUCUUCACAUUCAAACUGAUCAAAUCUGAACAUGGACAAAUGUAACGUGCACUGUUUAUAGACUGAAUCUUGACCACCUUCCAUAUUUACUGUGUUUAGAAAACUUUUCAUUGUUUUUGUUUUUAUAUUUUGUCUCUGAUGAAUGGAAAUGCUAUUAAAGUCAAAUGUGUUUAAUAUGAA